UCCUGUCUUUGAUGUUUCCCUAAUUACUAUGACUCAAGGCUGUGAAUGAAUAAGCAACAGUUACCGGCGUUUUAACGCUAACCUGUGACCUGUAGGUCAUCCUGCUUCAUUUCAUCGCUCAUGCUUGGAGUGUAAAAGGCAAGGUUGCUUCAGUAACCAGAAUCUACUUGCAAUGUGAAAGGAGCAGCGGAUUGCCUCUUACGUUUUUUACUUUUUAUUUUUACCACUGGUUCUAUUCCAAGCCUCAGUCAAUUAAUAGAAGUUUUUAGGAAGAGCAUCUGGCCACCAUGGAUGAAGCCGCGGAAACCACCGUUGAUCCGGCGUGUCUACAGGAACCUCCACUGGCUCUGGACAUGCUCGUGCAGCUAGAUGUGUUUGGGAUUUGCCUCUACUCCAUGCUCUCCUUCAUGUCCUUCAUUACCCUGCUGCUGUACCUGGAGCAGUGUGUGUACAUUUACAAAAAGGUGUCCUAUCCCAAGAAGACAAGCAUUAUCUGGAUAAGUGGUGCUGCACCAGUCAUCGCCACCAUGGCCUGCUGUGGGAUGUGGGUUCCCCGCGCCGUUAUGAUCACAGACAUGGUGUCAAACUGCUAUUUUGCAGUUGUGGUGUACAAGGUUCUGGUUCUGCUGGUUGAGGAACUUGGAGGCACCAGUGAUUUUCUACAAAGAUUUUCUGGGAAACCCUUCAGGAUCAACACAGGACCCUGCUGUUGCUGCUGCGCCUGCUGUCCUCGAGUACCAAUGUCACGGCGGAUGUUAUUCCUGCUGAAGCUGGGAGCCAUACAGUACGCAAUCCUAAAAACAGUUCUCUCUAUCCUUUCUGUUGUUCUCUGGACGAACGGCACCUUCGACCUAGCUGAUCUAGAGAUCACUGGAGCAACCAUUUGGAUCAACCCGUUCAUUGGUGUUCUCACCAUCAUCUCCCUUUGGCCUGUCGGUAUCAUCUUCAUGAACACCAACAUCCUUCUGCGCAGUCUGAAAAUUAUUCCCAAGUAUGCCAUGUACCAACUCAUCCUUAUCUUGAGUCAGCUCCAGACGUCCAUCAUCAACAUCCUGGCCUUAAACGGAUCCAUCGCCUGCGCCCCUCCUCUCUCCUCUCAGGCUCGUGGAUCCAUGUUGAGUCAGCAGAUAAUGAUUAUGGAGAUGUUCAUCAUCAGCCUCGUCACCCGGUCUUUGUACCGCAGAAUGUAUAACCCACUUCCCUCUGAGGAGCAGGACAAUGAGCAGAACAGCAAGGCGGCCCUGAAGGCGGCUCUGGAGGAGCAUGAUGUUUAAGAGGAAGACGGAAUAUCAGCACCUGUCGCUGACAUGUAUAUGGGUUAGAAAAUUUGAUAUUUACAUGUUUUGGCUUAUGAUGUUUAAAGACAGGGUGCUUAUUAUUUAUCAAGGUACAAUUUUGAGUAAUUUUAAAAACAAUUUACAGGACACUUUUCAAAGUGAAUUGUUUCUAGUUUAUUAUUUUUUGUAUUUAGGUGAUGAAAUUUUCUUUCUAAAUAAUUGCAAUAUAUGGACCCAAGACAAAGUCCUGACGACUGCGCUAAAAGGGGAAUGGUUACUUCUGAGUAUAAGUAAACAACCAAACACAAACCCACUACUCCAGUGGCCACUUUUCUGAAAAAAAACAAACAAAACAAAAACAAAACCAAAAAACUUUUCAGUCAGUAAUUUAUUAGACCAACUAAAAAUUUUGUUUUGUAUUUAGUCUCAAACUUUACAAAUGGAACUUUUUAGAUGCCUCAGUUGGAUUUGAGUAUAUUUCAGAUUUUCAGCUAGACAUGAUUACAUUUGGAUUAUAUUAUUGAAAAAAAAACAGACUGUAACAUUAAGUUACUGACCAACCUCAGCGUCAUUAUCUAUAUAUAUCUUCACAAAGUUCUUACACAAAAGAAAACUUGUUUCAUGGGCAACUCAGUUUAUGACUUCCUGGCGAAUGUUACCUCCCCCAGGACAUGCUGCCCUGGGCAAAAAGCCAUCUCACUCGUGUCAAAAACAGCCAUUAAAGUUCAGGGGAAAAGUAUUUUUGGCCAAUCACAUUGAUCCACUGGAUUUGUUUGCCUUAUUCCUUCUUGUGUAAAUUUCUCUCAGAUAGUUAUUAAGUGACAUUGAGCAAAUCCUCAGGGAGCAGAGUCUUUUUUUGAAGUUCAUAAACUGACAACGUUUGGGUUUACAUUUGAAUAAAGAUUACUUGUCUAAAACAUAUUUAUAUUCAGUUAUGUGCCUGAUUGUAUGCGUCAGUAAGAAAUUGUGACUAUGAGGUGUGAUCUAAAAUGGCGACUAAUUUUGUAUUAAAGUGGGAAAAGCACUGAAAAACUUAAAUUUUUGUUUUUUUAUUGUAGUUGUUCAUUAAAGUUUAAAGUUUC